GUAUGUGACGCGGCCCGGAGGUGGAGGUGUUUGCUCAUUGAGAUAUGUGGUUUGUCGUACAAGACAACGUUUGCCGUGGAUUAUGGAGUUUCCUCAGCAUUCCCAGCAGCUGCUGUCAGCUCUGCGCUCCCAGCGGCACCGCGGCUUCCUAUGCGACUGCACCGUCCUGGUGGGCUCAUCCCGUUUCCUGGCUCAUCGAGCUGUUCUGGCCUCUUGCUCGCCUUUCUUCCACAUGUUUUACUCGGAUUCACUCUGUAACACUGGUGUAAAUGCUUCCAGCAGCUCUGUCACACUUGACAGUGACAUUGUCACGGCAGCUGCCUUUAGCCUGCUCCUUGACUUCAUUUAUGAAGGGGUCCUACAACUGGAGAAGUCUCCGCCGCUGGAGGAUGUAUUGGCAGCGGCGAGCUUCCUUCACAUGAACGAGGUGGUGAGGGUGUGCAAAAGAAGACUGCAGAGACGAGGGCCUAUGGCUGAGGCGGAUAGCACUCGCUCUGAGGAGAGCAUCGGGGCCGGGAAGGUAACGGAGACAGGGAGGCGGGAGAGGGGAGAUGUUGGGCUUGGGCCUGCGGUAACCGUGGCAGCAGAUCAUUUGAAUCUCAUUGCCAUGACAACAACCCCCUCACCAGUUCCCCUAAUGACAGGACGGAGCACGUUGGAGUCUGUCAAGUCAGAGUACAGGAUUGAUGAGGGUUCAUCAGAGGCACGUGUUCAGGCUCCCCCGAGUACCGAUGUCGCUGACACCACACAGCCUGGCAUGGAUGGGCCUCAUCUGCUACCACGGAGAGAACUGGUACAGGGACCCGCUGCGGUACAGUCUCAGAGGGAGUCGGGAGGUCCAAACAGGUUGAGGUCUUGCAGUCAGGGUGAAGGCUCAGCUCUCUGCAGCCCAUGCAGCACCUCUGAUACAUACAGCAGCAACCAGCAGCCUUCUUCGUCUUCCCUGGUCUCAGACAUCCAGGGUAGCUAUCCGACAAUGGUUGUUGCUGCCCAGUCAGAAUCCAACAAGUCACCAGAUUUCCAGCAGGCUGAAGACAAAGAUGCUCAAACAGAACCUUUGGUGUGGGAUUGCAGAGGGGCCGCAGGUGGAGAACAACACAUGGCGUCACUUGCGCAUGCACAAAACGAGUCACUUUUGCAUCCCCAAAUUCAAAUCCAGAGUGCCAUCUCUUUUCAACAUGAAGGCCAGAACACUCACCUCUCCAUGCCGCCCACUUCUCAAAACAUAGCUGCCACUGAGCGGGAGACAGCUGGAAGAGUACAUCCCCCCAUAGGGUUAAGGACUGAGCACAAUAAUGGUGACAAAGCAAAAGUCAAAGUGGAGGCCAUUGUCAUUUCUGAUGAAGAGCAGGAAGAGGACAAAGAGGGCGCGGCAGUGAUGGUCAACGAAUUUGAAGAUGACAUCCAGGAUGAGGGUUCGUUACUGCCUCUACUGUCCACGACACGGCAACACUCAGACCACGCCACCUAUUUAGCAGACUUUAAGGACACCAUGGGGGGCAUCACGGAGGAUGUCCCGACAUGCUGUGUCUGUGGCAAAACCUUCUCGUGCACAUACACACUAAGGCGCCACGCCAUUGUGCACACGAGGGAGCGCCCCUACGAGUGCCGCUACUGCUACCGCAGUUACACCCAGUCCGGGGAUCUCUAUCGACACAUACGCAAGGCUCACGACCAAACGAUGCCACCCAAACGCAGCAGGACUGAUGUGGAGUGCUUGCUAAUGCCACAGCCGCCCCCACCCCCGCUUAGCUAACAAACACUCACUCGUUCAUUUUGCUAUUGAGUGUCGUAGGUAGCUCCAGCCUACCCCAGCUGACAUCGAGUGAGAGGCGGCGUAUUGGUAGUCAAGCACAGGGCACAUGUAGACAGACAACCUUUCACGCUCUUUCACACUGAUUAGGAACUGAACCCACACAGCCAGCCAACCGCUAUACCAGCAGUGGCUCGUCGAUCAAACCGACUCCAAUAUAAUGAUGAACGAUCUUGAAAAAUAAUCUACUGUUAUUGUCAUUUUUUUCUUUAUGUUCUCACAUGUGCACAUACGUAUACAGGUGUGGAAAAGUGGGUCGACAGUGUCUUUUUUAAAAACAAAUUGAAAUCCUUUGCUAGUAUCUUUUUGUACUAACUAUUUACAGUACCUGCUUUU